AUGGAAUACAGUAUCCUUUGGAUUUUGCUAUUGUUUGUCGGUAGUUCGCAGUCGACCCAUGUGAACAUUACAAUUUCCCAGCAGCACUCGAAGAAUGUUGGGCUUACAGCGGAUUCGCAUAUGAACGCUGACGCACAACACAAGGGAGAUUCUACUGAAUAUGAAUCACGCAGUGCCAAGUUGCAAGCUGGAGACAAGGCCGCGCAAGGCGUUGCUUAUGGGAACCAUAGAAUCGAAGAGGCCAAUGUGAUUAGCCCUAUGGCUUCCGAAAAUCGCAUGAAUCAAAGGGCACAUUUGGUUGGACAUCCUCAGUUGCACUUUAGAAGUAUGUACCAAUCGAAUCCUAUCGAAUAUCAGCGCAACGCCCAAUUCCGCAAAAUGGACGAAAAUCAAAAGCAAAAUGUGGAAUUUGAACGAUAUAUUCAACACUACCACAGUGGACCUACGGUUGAGACAGUAUAUGAAUCUGCAGAAGCAUCGCCAUCGCAUUCGUCGUCAGUGAAACUUAACGACGGCCCUCAGCGGAGUGGAAAAAUAAUUCAGUUUGAGCGUCAAGUGGCCCUGCCAUCUGCUGCCACCGAUGCUGAAAGCCAGUUGAUCCCAUCUAGUACGCAGCAUCAUCCCUCGCAAGCAGCGCUUGCCCAAGAAGGGUUGUCCGCACCGACUUCCGUUGCAUCCUCGUCAUCGUCACCAUCUACUUCCGCCGCGACCAGUGCUUCUGCAAGCACAACAAAUGGCAAUAGCCUCAACACCAAUCUUAACCAAAGACCAGCUUCUGUGGGUAGUGAUGGACUUAAUUUCGAUAGCUCAAUUAGCUACAACAAACCGAACUACAAUGAUGCCAACAGUUUUAAAUACAGUAAUGAAGAUUCCCAAUUCUUUAACCAGUAUCCACCGUCUGUGGAAGAACCUCAAGGUGGUUACGGAAGUUACUACCACCAAAACAACCAAGACGGUCCAUCUUAUGUCAGCAAUGGGUAUGAACAGCCACAUACCAGUGGUCAAAGUUAUUUGCCACCUGAGACUAUCAACCAAAGGCCAGUUGUAACGAAGACAAUACAAAUUGCCCAGCCAGCCAUCAAGACAAAGAAAUAUGAAGUGCGCCAUCCCGCGAUCCAGAAGGAGUUUUACGACAUAGAAGAACGUGUUGUCAUAAAACCCGCUGGUACCGUCGUUGUCGAGUUGGAAAGGCCUGUUGCAAAAAUUCCCAAAGGCGAAUCGAUUUUACCCUUAGGGCAUCCACAUCCUGCCGUUGCUGGCGCUUAUAGGAACACUGGCAGCAGUCCGUCAUUUAGCAACACAAUUUACAGUGCAGCCGGCGCAUCCAAUCCAACAAGCCAAGCUAACAAUCAAUACAGUCAUGGUUCCUUUUAUAGCCCCAAGCAAAUACCUGAGCAACGCCCAUCUGUUAGUGGAACCACCAUUGGAUCAUCCAUCACAACAACUCCAAAUUUUGAUCAAAAUUCCCGGGUGGAGUCGAAUACUAAUAAGGCUAAUAAUGGGGAACUUCAUUAUGCGUUGCCCACAGCAGCCCCCGUCCGCGAAGAACCGAAAGGCCGUAACAGAGAAUUAAUAGUGGUCACAGAUGGUCAAGGAAACCAGAGGCAGGUGUCCCCCGAACAAUUUGCCUACUCUCGGGAAUCGGCUGAACGAAGUCAUCCAAGGUCGGGAUAUAAUCUGCGUUCAUACGCCAACAACAACCAAAAGCCUCAAAGAACGAAUUUGCAGUCGCCACAAUCGAACCAAGACGCUUACAACUUCGAUGCCGAAUAUAUUAAUGUUGGAAAUAGUGGCAAUGUUCCCCGAGAUGCUAAGCCAGCACGUCUCGAACAAGCCCCGGUACGAAUGGAACCCGUCAUAAAACACGAGCAUAACAUUGCACUGCCUCCAAGCCAACAUAAAAUUUAUUUGACACAGAAACACGCCAUACCCGAAGCAAGGUACGUGGAAGAAACGGCUCAUGUACAGGAGGUAAAGCCCUACCUUAUCAAUCAUCCAGGGCCAGUUGUUAUUUAUGGCUCUACUAAACAUAGGCCUGAACUUUCAUUCAGACAAAGAGGUUCCGAAUACCAACAGCCCCAAUCCCAAGGCGCUAACUAUCGCUCCAAUGGAGUUUCCAAUAAUUUGGUUGGCAGCAGCCAAAUUGAAAUCAGUUCACCUUACGCACAGAUGCGUUAUCACCCUGGAGAUCAAGCUACUACAGGUCAUCAAACACGCAAGCAGUAUUCGGGUAUUGAGGUCGAUUCCCCCAAGCUCGGAAAGUUGCUACUCGAGAAUAAGACACCGGACGAAAUGAGCACCCAUUCGAAAAUCAUGAAUAUGUCACACUCAACGCAUAUCGAAGUGAACAUACCCCCUUCAUCACAGAAUUCCAACAAGGUAAUUGCAGCCACCUUACGACCAAUGAUGUCCGACGACGGAGAGCACAUGGGUACAGCUAAAUUGGAAAUUUCGGUCACGAACAAUAGUGAGCCUAAGAAGGUAAAAACUCAAGAGGACGAAAUGGUUGAUAACAGUGAAGUACGUGAUAAGGAACAGCUAAAUAACUCACGAGAUACACCAGAUUGCGAAAAAAUCAAUCCAGGUCACAUGGAUCAGAAAUUCAUGCGACUUGUGGAUGCCCCAAAUAAUGCCCGCGAAGAGACGGCAACAGCAGCGGAGAAUAGUGCUCCGUCGAAUAUCCAAGCGAGCAACGUUCACAACAGCAACAGAGAUACUGCUAGUCAAGCCGUAAUGCCACGAGUUACACCAGGAUCUCGGGUUAUCGCAGCUGCUCCAGCCCCCAGCGACUCUUCAGCUGGAAGUGAGAGCUUCCAUAAGCGACGAAUAGUUGUUAACCACCCCUUCCAAACUGUGCGAGAAGUGGUUGAACACGAACCCUAUACCAACUACCACGAGGUUCAAGUGAAUGAGCCCGCCUCACCGGCUUUGUACCACUCCGCCGCCUACUUCCAAACACAUGGGGCACUGCGUCAUCCCGAAGGAAAUCUUGCCGAACCAAUUUUCUACCACUAA